ACCUUCAGAUUUAAUGUGGUUGUGAUGAACGGUGGUGGCGGAUGGAGCCGACAUCCUGUUUCGGCAAUAUGUUCAGGUCUGAACUGGAUUCACAGAGAGAUCACGUGUGAGGAGGAUUACAUGGAGGUGAAUGUGGACAGAGAGUCUACCUGUGGAGGACAGGUGUGGCGAUCGGCCUUAUCGAAGGUUCAGCAGAAAGCGAGCUCCAUCUAUCAGCUGAUGUUCUUGCAGUCUGAUGGUCAGGUGAACUUGGUGUCCAUCGACGAGGCUGAAAAACAAGGCUACAGCCUGAGCUCCUCAGCAAACAGGGUGGUUCUACGAUCUCAGCACAGAGGACCACACACCGAGCUGCAAACAGUGGACGGCAUCCCUGUUGAGGUGGUCCGAGUGUCUCUUGUCUUCAGACAGAAGCUGAUGCUGUUGAUGAUCGACUUAUCCAUUGCGUGUACACUCAAUCCGGGUUCCUUUGAUGGUGCCUGGCUGCUCUGGGACAUCCCACAGGUCUUUACCCCUCUGGUUGGUGAAGGAGCUGUGUUUGAGAGUCGUAGCUUCAGUGUAGGGGUGGAAGGUGUCCUGCUGGAUGAGUCCACCGCCACUGCCAGAGGGUUCAACCUGGUCCAACAAGGAGACCUGGUCCGGAUUGCAGUUCCUUUUGGGGCAGAGGGCGGACACAGGAAGAGCCUGGUGGUGAACAACAUGUACAAAGAGACAUACAUGAUCUUCCUGCAGUAUGAACAUGUGUUCUCACUGCACUUCAAAGACAGCAGCAGCGUUGAUACCAGACAUCGAAUGUACAGAGCGAUUGAAACACCACUGAUCUGUAGACCAGUAUUCACCAUAGACAAGACGCUCAGUGAGGACCAGAUGUUCAGUGUCUACCUUGGGAAUGUUCCUGCAGAUGUGGUUUUAGAUGAGGUCUGGAUUAACGGUAAGCCACUGCAGGCAUUAGCAAGCAGCAAGCGCAGUCUCAAUCCAGUCAUUCACGUUAACGGCAGCCGAGGCUUUGAACUCAGGGUUCCCUUUGAGGACAACGCUGUGCAGAGAAUGUACCUGGGUGAAGGUGUGGCGUUGUACUCCAUAGAGGUGAACUUUACUUUGACCAUCAUGCCUCAGAGAGACUCGUACUUCCAUCACACGUUCAUCACUGCACACGUCCACAAUGCAUUUCCUCCAGAAAUCACUGCUCAGUGUUGGGAUGGUGGCAUCUCAUUCCUGAUUGUCUCGCCACUCCGGGGGCAAAGUCUCUGGGAAGUCGGUGUUGGUCUUGAGCCUCUGACAUCACAGUUAGCGGCCCAGAGAGGGUACAGCCUCCACAGCGAUGGACAUCGAACCAUUCUGGAUGUCCCUGUGCUCUCCAUUGGAUACACCUACGAGGACAUAAACCUGUAUCACUUUUAUGGGACAUUUGAACUUGUUCUCAGAGACUCCAAAUCUCUGGAGGUUAAGGCGUCCACUUCAAAACGCUGCCCCUUUAAAACCCAGGACAUGAUCGUGUGCUCUGCAGAUGGGACCAUGACAGCGGUGACCACACUGGCCUCCACCUGGCCCACAGUGCAUCCCGGCAGAACCAGACUGCUGGACACCACCUGUGGACCCAAACAGACUGAUGGAGCCCGGGUCCUAUUCCAGUUCAAAGUGGACACUUGUGGGACCAGAUCCAUGGUCGGGGAAUCGUAUGUGGUUUAUGAGAAUGAGAUCAUCAGUGACCGACAGCUGGUUGCAGACGGACCAAACUUCAUCUCCAGGGAUUCCAAGUUCAGGCUGACGAUGAGAUGUUUCUACCCACUCAGUACAGUUAACAGACUGUCUAUAGACCGGAUCGUCACAUCAGACACUCCUGGAUUCGGUUCUGUCCAAGCCUUCGAGGGCCUUAAAGAUCCAUCAGAUAAACGUCCUACAGCUGAAUGUUCACAUGGGGGUUCUGGUCAGACCAUUAGGAACCUAAUCAAUCCAGUCCAUCAGGAUCCCGAGACUGGACUCAGACCUCAGACCAAACUUGGACCAAUUCAUUUCACCACAGUUCCAGGAGAUCACGAACUGCUAUCUUCCCAAACCUCAGACUUCUAUCCGACCAUCAGAGCCCAACCAGACCCUCAGCAAGUCUCAACUCGCCCAGACCCUGUGAUGUCUCAGAAUGAAGACAAACUUGUAUUUAGAUCUCCAAUUGAGCACCACCUUCCUGGUCCUCCUCCCAGAUACAACCAGGUCUCAAACAUCAAGACACCAAACUUCAGCUCUGUAGACGGACUCAAGGACCUGGCCUCUGGCUUGAGUGCUUCAGGCAGGAUUCCUGAUGGUACAGGUCCAGAAGAGGUCCAGACUCUGCAGGGGUUGAGCAGUUUAGGGAGUAAUGUUUGGCAGUCUGGACAGAGUAAUGUUAAACAAAGUGGUCCACCAAAUAGAAACACUCAGAGCCCGAGUCAGGAACUAGAGGCCAGGCUGGCUCUGAGUCUUUACGGGUUGUCAGUAGGUCAAAUGGAAAUGCCCCAGGGCUUGUAUCAACCUGAAACAUCUGCACUUUACCCAGUCCUUCCACCAUCUGAUCAUUACAGUCUGGAUCACACCAAGACCAUCACACCACACAUGAUGCGAGACAAGAAGGACAGUCCUGAUGUCACAGAAGAAACUACAUCAAAAACCACCAACUCUGAUUCACAUGGAGAUGCACCAGAGUCUGUUAGGAAAGACCUGAACUCUAACAGCCAGCAUAAAAACUUGGAAAGGACAGGGUCCAUCAACAGCACCAUUAAGACAAAUCAGCAAGGGCUACAGAACAGACAAGGUCUAAGCAUCAGAGUUAAACCCCCUAGCAAGUUUAGGUCUUUAGGUAGACACCAUGUGAACUGGAACCCACACAGUCUCAGUCCAACUCAGUACAAGACUGGUCCCACAAUGGCAAUCUGGACAUCCCAACAGCCAUCAGACCACAUAGGACAGGAACAUGACCUAGACAGGUCAGGUCUGCCUACACUGAUGGAGGAUCACACAGAACCACAAGAGUCAACAGGGGUCCUGAUCCAGAAACUGGUCAGGCCCAGCCCUCAGCCUGAAAGAGGGCAGGAAAGAAAUGUCCAGCAAACAGUAUCUCACAUCAGAGUCAGACCUGCUCCUAGUUUCCUAGGGCGACAAAUCCCUGACUGGCCCAGACACCUGAACCAGCAGAACCUUGAUCAGGUGACUGCAGUGAAAACCAGCCGGACAUCCAAGCUCAGCUCCAAUGUUCUGAUGCCUCAAAUGGCUCUAGGUGAUACAGGGUCAGGUGUGCAGUCCGUGACAAGGUCUGACUCUGGUGAACUGCAUCUAACCAGUGCUCACAACGGCAUCAGGAGAGGUGAACAGAGCAGCUGACAACACAACCCGCUGUGAUUUGAUCAAUAAAGCUUCAGUUUGUCUGCA